AUGGUCAGCCAACACGCGAUGGCCACCACGGUUCGAAAAGUUAAGCAGGAGAAUCGUCUCAGGCGGCAAAAUCAAAACCAAGAUGAGGAGGAACUUUACAAGCCUGUACCACCACCGAAACCGGUGCCGAACAAUCAGAAAAAUCAGAACGGGCAACAGGAGAGCAGGGUGCAGACGGUAGCCGAGCAAUCAUCUCGGACGACUUCCGGCGUAGAAAGGAACGCCACGUUAGACGACAACCAGCUUCGAAGUUCUGGGCAGACCAUUGCACCGGAAUACAGGAUGCCACCGCUUUACGGGGAGGAACAGAGCUCAAAUCAGUCUCAACAGGCAGCUAAUUUGCAGACUCAUAGUAGCAAAUUUCCGAUAGAACGCGAGGUGGUUUUGUCGUCAGGAGACAAGAAUUCCAAAAUCCCUAUUCUUCACGAGUACAAACAAAGGACUGCCGGAAGAAUCGCUAUUGCACCGGAUGCACCGGUCAAGCAACAAGCUUGGGUUCAAGAGGGAAGUCAGAUGCAAGAAGUGAGACAAGAGGGUCAAACAAGGAAUUAUCAAGCCCCGGAAUCUUACGCGUCGACGUCGGCUGCAUCGGCACCGAGGACGACGAAGAUCGAUGAAGAAAAGAGUAAGUCCUUAUCGAGGACUUACCACACAAUUAAGGACAUGAUAUCCAGUCGUUUCGGUCAAAAUCGUAAGGAAACCGAAGCGGAACCGGAAGCGAGCUUAAAUAACGUCACGGAGGAAUUAAGGAAGUCUAGUAGAAGCAUUGACGAAGAAGAGGCAAAGAAGAAGGAAGGAAUUUAUGGGAAACCACGGGCACAGGAACCUCCCAUUAAUAUGCAACAAUAUCCGAAAAAUGCUUGCGGUCAAUAUGGACACUCGUAUAGUUACCUGAGCAAUCAACAGAACGUCCCACUUCCUGGACAACUUCAGCCGACAUCGCAGCUUCAACCUAAUUUGCCGGGUCAGAGUGCUCAGCUUCACGUGACGCACCAUGCACCGCCUGGAGGAGUUCAGACGGUCCAUCAAACUCAAGUUCCCACUUUUGGCCAAUCAGCGACAGGUGGUCAACAGGUGCAAAAUGUUGCUAGGGAAUACGUUGUUCAGGGACCAUCUGGAUUGCCAAGUCAGCAAUUGCAUCAAGGACUACAUCAGAAUUCUCAGAACCAGGGACAGAACUCCCAAAUGCAGAAGGCUCACGGUCUACCCAUGCAACAACAUGCAGUAGGAAACACUAUGCAGCCAACAAAUCAAAACUUCCAAAGUCCGCAACAGCUUUUGCAUCAAAAUCAGAACCAUCAUCAGAGUCCCAGGUUCGCACAGCAGCACGCGCAGAACAUGCAUCAACGUCAACUGAUCCAGCAGAUGCAUCAGCAGCAGCUUGCUGGCCAACAAAACACUCCAUCCGGCGUGAGAAACGUGCAACAGAGCUACUUCUCGAACAACGUAUCCUAUCAACAGUAUCAGCAGGCUCGACAGGCAAUGUCAAGGUCUCAAAUCGACCUGCCUAGUACUUCGAGGCAGACACAGGAGCUGAGAUUGUCUGGGCAAGAAGUGUACUAUCAUUACGCCCAAGGUCGACCAAGGUACGGAGUGCCUCAGGUGUACAUGAAGACCGAAAACAAUCAGGAAGUCGAAUUUCAGCGACGAAACUCGACGAAAGGCAUCGAAAAGGCCGCAUCGCAACCUCAACUCUGCUACGAAGACGAAAGGGUGAACGAACAAUCUAGAAAUCCAGUUGACGGUAUGAAGAGUCUCACGGUGGAUCCGUUAGAUAAAGAAAGGUACGAAAUCACGGUGGAAGACCGUGGGCUUGGCGAGUUUGGACGAAGCGAUUCUCAGAGAAAGGACGAAUACAGGCCAGAGACCAGUUUCGGUAUUCGUCGAGAUGACACAGUUAGAUGUUCGAAGAGAGAACAGGAACAAGUGGGAAUAUCUGGCCAAGACAAUCAAGAAUCGGAAGCAACAUCCGUUCAGAAGAGGAUCGAGGAGCUACAGAAGCGUGCUGAAGAGAAUCAUUACACUUCGAAAGCGUCCAAAGAAGGUAUGGAAACGGACGGAGCCAGAAAUUCAUCCAAUUCGAAGAUUGGAAAUACCGAUAACUCAAAAAGGGGCGAGAAUCAAUAUUCAAAGGAGUCUACAGUGAAAUCAGAAACGAGGAAAGACGAUCUGGAACAUAGCAUUGGCCGACUGAAGAUUCAGAAUCAAGGAUCUGGAUCGGAUUAUGACAAAGCUGGACAAAGUUCCUCCAAUGUUGAUUCGGGAAGAGGAUCUGCUGUUUAUUCCAGCGGAAGGAGACCACCACCGGAAGACCAAACCCAUCCUCCAGUACAAGAUUCUGAGUGGGUGGACAUCGUUGAAUCAGAGUUGAGGAGCAUUCUGGAGCCAAGAGAUGUCCCUGCGAUGGCACAUUCCACUUUAUCUGAAAGUGUAUCAUCGGUAACACCACCCCUGCCGCCGCUUUCGCCCCAUGAAAGUCCCAGAACACCGAGAAAUCGAUACUCGGCGAGCUUACCAUACGGAUCGAAACCUAAUUACAGCGAUUACAGCAAGGUCAUGGAAAAAAGAGGAUUCUCGGGCAAUUCGAAGCAUCGUGGGGCCUCGACUUCGAAGAAAGAGACGGCAAAGAAAUUCUCCCAUCUUUUUGGCGUGGAAGCGGGAGAUCUAACAUCGACUACAACUGGACUCGAUUUAGACUCCAUGUUGGAUAGGAGCGAUUCUGAUCUGAGCACAAAUGAUGCCAGAACCAUUAGGAAGCAGUUGGAAGGCUUAGAGAAUAUGUACAGCGAGGUACUAAAAUUGCUAGGUGGGAGUGUGAAGAAAAAACGAAAGGCUAGAGGUCUUACUAGUUACGGUUCGGUCUCCUCAUUGCCAACAUCAUCCGUUUCGUCUAGACCUGUCACCAGGCAUCAUGAUAAACGUAGAUCCCAUGUUAUUGACGAUAGGAUGAAGAAAGCCAAAGACAUCAAGAGUAUAAAUAAACGCUUUCAACGAUUAGAAUCUCACGUAGUCACACUUGCGAGAUCGGUGGCACACUUAAGUUCAGAGAUGAGAACCCAACAUCUAAUGAUACAGGAAAUGGAGAACAUAAGGGGCGAGAUUGCUGCACUGAGGACACAAACGAGCAUGGCAAUGGUGAGGUCACAGUCCCAACCACUAAUCAAGGACUCCGAAUUGCCAGCCCUUUCCAAUCCUUCAAGGGUGAAAAAGCUCACCAAGUUCUUCGGCACGGAACCACCCUUGAUCCGAUUAUUCCUCAGGGAACUUGGGUAUGAGAAAUAUGCAACUGCAUUUGAGAAGGAAAAAGUCGGAAUGGUGGAACUUCCGUACCUAAGCGAAGAAAGGCUGCAAAAAAUGGGAGUACCUCUGGGACCACGGUUGAGGAUUCUUCAAGAAGCACGAAUAUCGGUGUGCAAAGAUCCAAUUUACGUUGUGUGAAUUCCAUAAUACGUAGUUCUCUGGUAAACUAAAGAAUAGUCUAUGCACCGAAUCGAAUGAAAGGGAAUAAGAAAUAAGGUUCGAGUAACCGUUUCCUUUUCAUUUUUUUGAAGACAUUUAACAAUCUUCAGUUUUAAAUUGUGAAAAGUGAUCCGCUGAAAAGUAUUUUUUAACAAUGCAUCGAAUUGUUGCUUGCAAGACCAAACAAACUUGCAAGAAUGAAACAAGAAAACGAAUGUGUAGCAAGAAGAUUGAAAGAAGAAUGAACAAAUAUUGCUGAAGUCUUAUGCAAAUAUGUCUUCUGCUAUUUCAAAGAUAAAACUGGACUUAUCAUUCUGCUAUAAAUUCCAAAUAUGAGACUCGAAACUGUCACUAACAUUGUGCACUUUGUUUCCCGUCUAACGGAAAGAACAUUAAUAUUCUCUUACGUUUAUGUUUGAUACAAACUUUAUUCAAAGAAGCGAUAAUUAAAUAGGGUACAUUAAUUAAUAAAGAUACUAGUUUCAAGAAUAGUAAUAAUUCUAGAAAUUUAGUUAUUCACGAAAUUGUUCAAUUUCGCUUAAAUAAUUUAUUAUAAAUUAUUAGUGACCUAAACGUCGUUACAUAGAAUAGUAACUUCCUUACUCAUUGCCUUAUUAUUAGAUACAAAUUUCAUGAAAAAAUAAUUGAUGUUAAUCAAAACGUAAAUAAUACCAUCCACGGUAUUAUCAUUAAUUAUAAAAAAUACUCAUUUUUAUUAUGCCAGCGUUUGAUUAAGGGAAGAUCUAAGAGGGGCUACAGCCCCGAGCCACACUUCCAUGGGGCUUCGUUAUACCUUCCACUUGUUACGUCAUAAAAUGUUGAAUUAAAUUUUUUUUACUAUUG